CUUUGAAAAUGUUCAUACUUAGAUGUAUAUGGUCUCCAUUUUCACUCCAAGUCUUGCAAUUAUCCAUUUGGUAGCAUAGCCUCUCAGUCUGUGAUCUCCUCAACUUGAAUCUAUCUGGAAUUUAUUUUUGUAUGUGAUGUGAAGUAGAGCUGCAUUCUUGAGGAUCUACUGAUGGAGAAUCAGUGGUGGUAACUUAACCUUUUGAAGAAUGACAGAUUGUAAAAUAUGUAAAUUUUCUUAUAUGUUGAUUGGGUUUAAGAAGAUACGGGAUAAUAAAAAUUCUUGUGAGCUUAUGUUUAAAAUGUUUUAUAGUAAUGAAUGAGAAGGAGAGUCAUACCUAAAGUUGUGAUGUCUGGCUAUAUCAUGAUAUUGAUUCAAAGAAAGAGAUCUUGCAUCUUUAUAAAGCUGUUAUACUACUGUGGUAUAGCGGAAAGAGCAUUGGCUAGAUUGAGUCCCGGCUCUACCAUUUGUAAAUUACUUGUUUUUUCUUUUCUUUUUUUUUAAUUGCAGAGUGAUGAGAGUAAUUCCUAAUUCAUAUACUGUAUUAGCAUGCUAAUUUUUUUCAGAAACAUAAAAAAAAUUGGCAUAGCAGCUCUUAUGAAAAUACUUCGGAGGGGGGAGGGAGCGGCUGGAAAACAAACAGAAAGCAUGCGUUAUUUGUGUAAAAAUAUGGUAGUUGUUGAGCCAAUAAAAUGUGAUUAUAUAUUUGUGUGUGCAUAUUUUAUAAACUUUGAAGGACUUUGAUGUUUAAGAUCUAAUAAAAAUUAGGGAAUCAUUUUCUUGAAGAUGGGUCAUAAGUUUGCUCUGGAACCAUCACAUUGUCUCCAUAAAAACUUAGAUUUCCUCAUAGUCUGUUUUGUGUAGGAAACAAUUUUUUAAAAAAACUUUUACCUGUGGUACAUCAAGCUGAAUGAUAGAGAGAAGGACUCUAUUGUACAUUAUUCUACAAAACUGUUGUAGGUCUAAGGAAAAACAGUUUAACUGUUAUUUCUUAUGACUCUAUUCUUGAUAUUAUAUUGUUAAUAUUACAUUUUUAAUAUUUCAUUUUCAGUUAUAUGAUGUUGAUUGAUGGCACAAAUGAAGUUUUUAUGAUUGAUAGAGAUAAUUCAGUGUUUCAUGUUUCAAAUCUGGAAUUUCCAUUUCGUAAAGAUCUUCGAAUGCAUUUAUCAAAUACUCUCUUGGAUGGGGAAAUGAUAAUUGACAAAGUAAAUGGACAGGCUGUUCCUAGAUAUUUGAUAUAUGACAUAAUUAAAUUCAAUGCACAGCCAGUUGGAGAUUGUGAUUUUAAUACUCGUCUGCAGUGUAUAGAACGAGAAAUAAUAAAUCCUCGACAUGAAAAAAUGAAGACUGGUCUCAUUGAUAAAACACAAGAACCAUUUAGUGUCAGAAAUAAGCCAUUUUUUGACAUCUGUACUUCAAGAAAGCUACUUGAAGGAAGUUUUGCCAAAGAAGUCAGCCAUGAAAUGGAUGGACUCAUUUUUCAGCCUCCUGGAAAAUAUAAGCCUGGUCGAUGUGAUGAUAUUUUGAAAUGGAAGCCUCCCAGUCUGAAUUCUGUGGAUUUUCGCCUAAAGAUAACAAGAAUGGGAGGAGAAGGGUUACUUCCUCAGAAUGUUGGCCUUCUCUACGUUGGAGGUUAUGAAAGACCCUUUGCACAAAUCAAGGUGACAAAAGAGCUAAAACAAUAUGACAAUAAAAUUAUAGAAUGCAAAUUUGAGAAUAACAGCUGGGUCUUCAUGAGACAGAGAACAGACAAAAGUUUUCCUAAUGCCUACAACACUGCCAUGGCUGUGUGCAACAGCAUCUCAAACCCUGUCACCAAGGAGAUGCUGUUUGAAUUCAUCGACAGAUGUGCGACACCUUCUCAAGGACAGAAGCGAAAGCAUCAUCUGGAUCCUGAUACAGAACUUAUGCCACCACCACCUCCAAAAAGAUCACGCCCUUUGACCUAAGACCAGCCUGACUUCAGGGUUGAGAGGAGAGAUGAGUGAGAAAAAAUGCUAUUACCCCAUUUUUGCAGCCAGGGAAAUGGAAGAAAGAGUGUGGCUGAUGUUGAUAUGCAUUUGAAUUUUUUUUUUUUUUUUAAAAGAAAAGUAUUGUAGCCAGCCUGUAAAUAUUUGAUGUAUUUGUUUCCUCAGUGCUACAGUACAUCGUGGACUUACACAUUUUCUUUAUAUCUGAUAAACUCAGCCUUACCUUGUGGAAUCUGAAGAUUGAAAUAUCUAAAGGUUUAAACAAGAUUGAAAUCAAUGAAAAAGAGGCCUUGUUUAUAUAUGGAUAACUUUCACCUUUAAUUUAUAAAGUUAGUUACCUGGAAUUGUGAGAGCAUAGAACACUGUAUUUUUUAGAAGUUGUAUUUCAGCUAUGGUAAAUUUUCCUUUCAAAAAUUUUAGGCAACGGCAUUAAACAUUCUGCUUUCAUUUGCUAUCAUUAUCGUGGAUUUCUUAUAUUUUGAGAUUCCUGUAUUCAAAAACAAAUGACAAAGUUGUUAAGUAUUGAACUAUAUUAAACAACUUGGUCUGGUUUAUAUUAUUUUAAGAAUUUUUUAAAUUUUUUGAAAAAAGUAGAAAGUAAAGCUCCAUUUUUGUGAAUUGCAUCCUUUCUAAAGGAAGAAUAUUGAUUAUUUUCAUCUGUUUCUAUUGUUUGAACUACAACAUAGAUACCAUUGUGUACAUUCUGGCAAUGCUUUUGACUUAUUUCAGAGAACUUAGAUAUACGUCACAAGUCCUUUAUGUGUUGUUCUGGGAGUUUUUGUUUUUUUAAUGCCAAGGCUACUUCUCGCUUACCUCAGUGGUAUCAGCACAUUGUAAAUUACAUUAAAACACACAACUCACUGUGAUCUAUAGGAGUGAUAUCAAAUACAAAUGAUGUGUUAGUUCCCUCGUACAAAACGGCAAAGGAAAUGCCAACUGACUCCUUUGAUUAGGAGGGAAUGUCAGUGGAAUAGAAUGCUGUCACUAGAAUAUGGUCUCCCACUGCUAGAUAAAUCUAGAGGUAAGAAGUAGACAUUUAUAGGAACUAAACAUCAAGGAAACCAAGACAUUUAUUUUCAAAGCCAGAAUUGUAUCAGUAUUCUAUUCUGGGGCUGUUAUUUCUGUUACAUACCUGAAUUUUAAAACAUUGACUAAUGGGUAAUGGAUUUAAAGAGGAGCUAAUUGGUCUUCUGCCAUUGUUGAGAAACUGUGUUCUGACUGGUUUGUGAAGGAACUCUGAGAAUUAGCCAAUUAAAAGGCUAGUGUAUUUAUUUUUAGAGGUGCAAGUUUUAAGUAUAUGUAUUUAAAACAAAUUUUCAUGAUCUGAAUUUUAUAUAUGUACACAUAUGUAUAUGCAUAUAUAUGAGUAUAUGCAACGGUAUAUAGUCUUCUACUAAUACAGUCAGACAUGAAAAUCUAAAUGGGUUACCUAAUAGACUGAAUAUCUGACAGGAUUUCUUUAUGAGGUAGCACAGACUAACCAAAAAUGUAUUUAUAUUCACCUGAGUUUUAAUGUUUUUAAGCAAAGUUUUUUCUUGCAGUGCUUUUCUGUAUGGAAUACUAGAGUCAUGGGUGGGCUUUUUCAUUUGUUGUCCCCAAGUUAUGUAAUGUGUAGUGAAGUCAUCUAAAAUGCCAUUUUACUAUUUCUUUCCUAGAGUGCUUUUGUUUGUUUGGGCGCGAAAGAGAUUAAAACACCUGACUGCCACAAUGACUGUAGAAAGAGGGAAAAUUUCAAGGUUUCAUAGUGUCUUUUACAAAGUAGAUUAAAAAAAAA